UUUCUCUCUCCCCGCCAAACUCGAUCAGCGUCCGUACAAUCUGCGGCGCGAGCGGAUAGUCCCAAUUCUAACAGAGGGAAAAGCAUCGUCGAAUUACAAAACCAAGGGCUUCCUUUUUUAAAAAAAAUUUUGUCUGGAUAGUUUGUUGGUUGGUUAAGGUUUUAAAUUUUUUUUUUUUUUCUUUUUUGGUGUGCGUGUGUUUGUUGUGGGCCGUUGAGAUUGGAUUGUGAGUUUUUCGAACCCUAAAUUCUGGGCCGUUGAUCUUUUUAAAGGCAAUUGUUUUUAGGAAGAGGGGGGUGUUUUGGGGGCAUAUAAACUUUAGAAGGUAGACCAUCCCACCUGGACUUCCACCUCACUUUCUCUAAACGCAUCCAAACGCCAUGAGAGCAGUUGCAUCUAGAUAUCACUAAGAAAAAUCUUGUUUUAGUAACAAAUUGUUGAACUGAAGGGGUAUCUCACCGAACGACUCAGAUGGGGACAGGGGAAGAGAGUACACCUACUAAGCCUUCCAAACCUGCUUCUUCAACCCAGGAAAUACCAACUGCACCUUCAUACCCUGAUUGGUCAAGCUCUAUGCAGGCUUAUUAUGGUGCUGGAGCUACUCCACCACCUUUUUUUGCAUCAACAGUUGCUUCUCCAACUCCUCAUCCAUAUCUAUGGGGUGGCCAGCAUCCUCUGAUUCCGCCAUAUGGAACCCCAGUUCCAUAUCCAGCUAUAUAUCCACCAGGCGGAGUUUAUGCCCACCCUAACAUGGCCACGCAGACUCCUGGACCCACUCAAAUGAAUCGGGAGUUGGAAGGGAAGGGACCGGAUGUAAAAGACCGGGCUUCAGCAAAAAAAUCAAAGGGAACUUCUGGAGUUGGUGGUAAGGCUGGGGAGGGUGGAAAAGCUGCUUCAGGUUCCGGAAAUGAUGGUGUUUCACAAAGUGCUGAAAGUGGUUCUGAGGGUUCAUCAGAUGCAAGUGAUGAAAAUAGUAAUCAACAGGAGUUCUCUGCAAGCAAGAAAGGAAGCUUUGAACAGAUGCUUGCAGAUGGGGCCAAUGCUCAGAAUAACACUGCUGGGGCCAUUAUUCCAGCUUCAGUUCCUGGGAAGCCUUUAGCCUCUGUUCCUGCAACCAAUCUGAAUAUUGGCAUGGACUUGUGGAAUGCAUCCCCUGCCAGCGCUGGAGCCACAAAAUUGAGACCGAACCCAACUGUUGCAUCAUCAGCUGCUGUUCCUGCUACAGUGAUUGGCCAUGAAGGCGUAAUGCCUGAACAAUGGAUUCAGGAUGAACGUGAACUUAAAAGACAGAAGAGGAAACAAUCCAAUAGGGAGUCAGCAAGGAGGUCGAGAUUACGCAAGCAGGCAGAGUGUGAAGAGCUGCAAGCAAGGGUAGAGAAAUUGAACAAUGAGAAUCGCAAUCUUAGAGAAGAGCUGCAGAAGCUUUCCGAAGAGUGCGAAAAGCUAACAUCUGACAAUAGUUCUAUCAAGGAAGAAUUAACACGGAUAUGUGGGCCAGAUGUAGUAGCAGACAUCGAAAAGCAGUCUCGAGCUGAUGAGGGCAACAGUUAAAAAGUAGGAGCAUUUUCCCUUGUUAGAAUAGAAAUUAAUUGAACUCCAGGAAAUAGUAACCUUGGCCUUGAUUGAGCUUAGAACAUUUAUUGUUGUUACUAAUUUAUACCUUUAACCCCAACUUUGUAACUGUAACGCUUGUUUAUGAAAUCUUGACUUGGAACCUCGGUGAAGUUAUGCAAAUUGUUGUAACAUAUACCAAUUGGAAAAGAUAUAUAUAUAUAUUGGGAGAAUUAGCUGAGAA